AUGCACCUUCCAGCGGGGCAACGGGCCUUCGACUCCCUCAUGCUGGAAACCUUCCUGCGCGUUCAAGAGCACAUGGACGGUGUAGAGGACCUUGGGAAGCUUUACGACGAUGCGCAUCAUGGCCGUCUGACGUAUGGCGUCUUCAUCGCCGAGCACUUGUCGGAUUACCGCUGGCUGCCGGAAGAUGCGGCAGAUAAGUGUGAGGAUUUGCACACGCCGCCAUCCCGUAGUUCGGACAUUGCGCUCUGGUACCAGGAGCCUGGCUGCACGAAUUUCUGCGUCGUGCGGGAGCCCCUAGCGCGGUUCUUCAGCGCCUUCAAGAUGGUGUACCAGGAGUGUGAUCCACUUUCAGUCGAAAGCAAAACUCUUGAGCUCCUCUCGCAGCUGAAUUCUCGUCCUUACCUGAACGAUUGCUUCUUCAUGCCGCAGGUCUUGUCUGUCUAUGGUGUGUUCAACAAGUCCAGCGCCACGCACCAGUACUGCCAACGGAUCCUUCACACCGAGAACCUCGACCAAGAGUUUGCCGAUCUCAUGAAAGAGUUCGGCCACGAUCUUCAGCUGCCUGACGACGACUUGAUGUCGUCAUGGACGGACCACUGCAACAUGACAUUAGAUGAGCUAACUCCGACUACGAAAGCCGCAGUCUAUGAGAAAUACAAGGUGGACUACGAGGCAUUUGGCUAUCCAACGCCAAGCUUCUGA